CACGUUGACAUUGGGUUAGUAACCUGACAGAAGAACACAUCCGAGCUGACUUCUCUAACAGAGCAGGAUGGGAGCCUCCUUGUCCACACCUGCUGCUCCUACAGUCCAGGCAGAGGCCAUGGUGGCUGCCCCUCCUCAGGGCUGCCCCAUGCAUCAAGAAGCCCAGCCUGUCAAAGUGUCUCCGCCUUCAGAGUGUCCCAUGCAUCAAGCACAGCCUGUAAAAGUGUCUCCUCCGUCGGAGUGUCCGAUGCAUCAAGCAGAAGCAGGUCCCGCUCACCAGGACAGGGCCUAUGCAUUUGUGGAGUGUCCCAUGAAAGCUGCUGGCAUGAAAAGUGACAUUGACCCAGCAAAUAUGAUGCCUCCUCCAAACCAAGUUCCUGCUCCAGACCAGCCCUUCUCCUUGUCCCUAUCCAGAGAGGAGUCCACCAUUCCCCGUCACAGCACAGAGAAGAACUGGGUUUACCCGUCUGAGCAGAUGUUCUGGAACGCAAUGCUACGGAAAGGGUGGCGCUGGCGUGAAGAUGACCUCUCUGCUCACGAUAUGACCAACAUCAUUAAAAUCCACAACAAGAACAAUGAGCAGGCCUGGCAGGAGAUCCUGAAGUGGGAGGCCAUGCAUGCAUCUGAAUGUCCAUGUGGGCCAACCUUAAAGAGGUUUGGCGGUAAAGCCAAAGAAUACUCACCCAGGGCUCGCUUCCGCCACUGGAUGGGAUAUGAGCUGCCUUUUGACCGCCACGACUGGAUUGUUGACCGAUGUGGGAAGGAAGUGCGCUACAUCAUUGACUACUAUGAUGGUGAAAUCAACAAAGAGACGUACCAGUUCUCCAUCCUGGACGUGCGCCCUGCAUUCGACUCUUUAGAAGCCGUCUGGGACCGCAUGAAGGUCACCUGGUGGCGCUGGACCUCCUAAAUGACUCGCACACAUACACUCACACAUACAGGUCACAGUGUGAAUUCAAACACAUAUACAAGCACUGUGAAACUGGCGCUCCUCGUUUCAGCUCUUUACUUGAGAUGCAGUGCUGUGAAGAGAAACCAUAAACAAGACUCAUGAAGAAAAAGAAAUUGACCUAGACUAUGUUAGGCUGUACAAAGCUUCAUCUGCUUAUCAUUUUCAGUUCAGUGGAAUAUAUAAUGUUGGGUUGCAUUGCAAAUCACAGGACUUUAAAACAGCAUCCAAGCCAGUGAAAGUGUUUGUCUGACGGGUCACAUGUGGCUGCAAAUGCCCUCACUCUGCUCUUGCUUCAAAUAUAAGUAAAAGAAGAGCUUACUGACUUAAAGGAACACUCCACAAAGGAUCUAUAAUGAGAAAUAUUACUUCACUCGGGGAAAAGUGGUUGUAUAACGGCUCCUGUGGCUCCGGACCAGCUUUGUCAAGUCUGAGAAAAGAACCCUGAUGACAUCACUGUGACAUCACCAGGGUUAUCUCCACUUAGGCCUGGAGACUACUAGAACAGGAAGUCUGCAUUACAAACUGGAGGUGCAGAGUUUAUAAUGAAUGGGCCAGGCAGGGAAGGUUUGAAAGAAAGAUGCUACUGCGUUGCAUUGUGGGAAAUGUAGGCUCCAGCGUUUUUGGGCGUGGUCCCAUACUAGGAACUAAAAGUUAGCAAUACCUCAUCCUCUGCUGCUUCGUCCAUUGAUUCUGUUUUCUGCAGCAUUUAUAGGAAUAAAUGGAAUGCUAAACAGCUGGACUACUCCUUUAAGAUGAAAGUACUGAUUUGGAAUCUCAUGAUUGUGGUUUCUGAAGACUGUUGCUGUUUCUGAUUAACGAUAACAUCCAGAAAAGUGCCACAGCAUUUUAGGCGCUGUGAUCACAGUACAGCAGAUGAUUGCAAGUAGUUUAGGAGUUUAGCUGUUGGAAAUCAGAAAAGAGAGACAGAAAAUGCAUUUGGGGGAUGAUUGGAAUUGAACAGGGUGCAUUGUGGUUAAAUGGUGCGUGUCUGUUUUUUUUAAGUGAGGGUCCUUUCUGCCACACUUUGCUUUUGAUGUAGCUGCUGUGUAAAUGACCUGUGAUAGAGCCUGGUUACUGUGGCUUACAUAUGUACACAGCAUGCACCCUUAGCAUUUGUGUUUUUGCAGGAAUAAUCCAGAAAUGCUUCCAGUCAAUGGCCUUCAGUGUUAGGAUUCUCCAGGCCGUGCGAGUUGAGUAGUUUGGUUAUCGUCACUUCCAGGCGGUGACGUGACCUGCUGACUGACCCACUUUCACUCAGUUUGUCCUGUCUGCCUUUGUGUUGUGUAUCUGCUCUGAUUCUAAGGCCCAUUACCAGUCAGAAUCUCCCUCUUCCCUCAUCACAUCAAACACAUUAUCUGCAGCACAGUGAUGAAUUUUCAUUCAGCCAGGAAAGCCCUCACUGUUGAGAUGGGUUUGACAGAUGACCAUGACGAUGUAGUAGGUUAUGGGAAUGUAAGUCUAGUUUGGGUAUACCUUCAUCAUUUAUAGAUACAUAUUUUUUUAAAGGACAGGGAUGGAUAUGAUCCUUGCUAUGAACCCCUGUCGCUGUCCACCUUUUCCCUUUCUGUUCUUCUUCUUGUUGUUUUGCCCUGAUUUCUUCAGCUGGACAUCAGAUGCUGAUCACAGUAACUUGUUUGGAGUAAACUUACCAGUUUCAUACUCAUGUUCUUGCAGCAUACUUCAUAUACUGUAUUACUUUCCUGCUGCGCUGAUAUUCAGAUUUUUAUUUAUUGUUUGGUGAAUGAGUGUUGACUUAAUGUGUGCAGAAUCUUAAAGCUUCUGUUCCCAGAAAACGUGGUCUUGUAUCAAAUGAUUUUACUAGCUCUGGUGGUCAAUGAAAAUAUCAAUAAAGCUUGUCCUCCUCCA